AUGCUGAGAUGUCUAGGCUGGAACGGUGGUCGCCUCCUUGCAGUAUGCCUCACGGCUCUUUGGCCGUCCUUCGCUCGCAUGAAGAAUACCUUCGGUCCAGAGAUGCCAGCCACGACGGACCAAUUCGUCGGAUUUGUGGUAUUCUGGUUCCUUUCCACGCCGUUUCUCUGGUUGCGCCCCGAGAAGUUCAAGAUUCCGUUCCUCAUCGUGUGUGCUUGGUGCGGCGCCGGCAUGUUGUCCUGGAUGAUCUGGGCUUUGUCAGUUGCGAAGGGCGUCGGCCCACUGUGGAAUUCUGGACAAAAGCUUCCAGAUGGCUCGCCGUUUGGUGCAUCAUGGCUCAUCAUGGCUGGCAUCAAUCAGGGCAUCGGCGGUCUUGCGGCUGGCAUAACGAAUGGUUCUGACUUCUCUCGAUACGCGAAAGCGCGAAGAUCCUACAUCAUUGGCACCAUCACAAGCUGUCUCAUCACAGGUGUCUUAGUGUCUUUGAUAGGGUUAGUAACGGCUGCUGCCUCCCAGAAGAUCUAUGACGAGGUGUACUGGAAUCCCCCAGACCUGCUAAUGCGGAUGAUGGAGAACGGCAACGGCUCAUCCAAAGCUCGCGCGGGAGUGUUCUUCCUUGCUGCUGGCUUUGCUUUCACUGCAAUGUUCGAAAACAUAUGCGGUAACACCAUAGCUGGAGGAAUCGACUUGGCCGGAUUGUUUCCUCGUUACAUCGGUAUGUCCAUCUUGGGAACCAUCAAAGAAGGCACUAUUGCUAACAUGUGUGCCAAAGAUAUACGUCGUGGAGCUAUCAUCACGUUUGUUGCAGCCUGGAUUGUUCAGCCAUGGCAGCUGAUCAACAAAGCAACGACCUUCAUCACGGUGUUGUCGUCGUUUUCCGUCUUUCUUGCGCCUAUCAUUGGUAUCAUGGCCUGCGACUACUAUGUUAUCAGAAAGAGAAGGAUUCGUUUGAGCCAUCUCUACCGGACCCACGACUCUUCCUACAUGUUUUGGAAUGGCUUCAAUUGGCGAGCCAUGCCCGCGUGGGUUUGCGGAUGGGCACCGACGAUCGGUGGGCUGGUUGUGUCGGUCCGGGGCGAUCUGAAUCCUCCCAGGGCGGUGCUUCAACUGUACUACAUGGCUUUCAUGAUCGGUCAGUGUGUUUCCGUUUGUCCACGUGUUCGAUUACUGACUAUUUUGGUAGGCUUCUUCAUCAGUGCUGUGGUAUUUUAUGCAUUGAACGCCUGCUUUCCGCUUGAGCAUAUGGAUCAGAUCGAUUCGGUGGACCUAUACGGCACGUUUACGGAGGCUGAAGCUCGUAGAGUGGGUGUGGAUCCGCUUGAAGAAAUUCAUCAGGACGGACUGUCAGAAGGAGGACUGUCAGAAGGAAGACACUCGGGAGAUAAGGAUGCGACUUUACAAGGUGCCAAAGAAGUCUAG